AUGUUUAUUUAUUAUUUGUUCCACGAUGUUCGUGUGGCGGAUCUGGUGAAGAAAGCCGUGCUGAUAACGGCGUGUGACAGUGGUUUCGGUUACGAGCUGGCGAAGAAGUUAGAUGCUCUGGGUUUGCGAGUGUUUGCCUGUCUCACUUCCGAGGGAGAAGCGAAGCUGACAAAGGAAUGUUCUCGAGAACUGAGGACAUUCAAACUGGAUGUUGCCGAAGCCAGUGAUGUUCAGAAGGCUUUGGAAGUCCUGGCGAAGAAGUUAGAUGCUCUGGGUUUGCGAGUGUUUGCCUGUCUUACUUCCGAGGGAGAAGCGAAGCUGACAAAGGAAUGUUCUCAAGAACUGAAGACGUUCAAACUGGAUGUUGCCGAAACCAGUGACGUUCAGAAGGCUUUGGAAGUGGUGAAGUCAGGCCUGCCUUCUCAAGCCAAAGGUAUUGCAAAUACCAUUGGAUGGAUUGGAUCACAGCAUAUUUACAAGGUGCUGGAUGCUAUGGUUCAUGCAGUAACAUCCACCCAACCCAAGUUGCAGUAA